GACACUUGUUGAACCAGCCAUAUUUUGAACCUUAUAAAUAUUGAUAAGGUGUCUACUGCAUAGCAACGGUACACAAGCUCAGUAUACAUGUAUUGAUUGCAUUAACUAAGCAAGUAAUAGGGUCUAUAGAGUCUAUUGUUGUACAUUAAAGCAAUCGAAUACUAAUUCUAUUAGAAUUAUACCGCUCCACUGCAGAAGAAUUACAAGGACUCGGGCUGGAACUUGCCUAUGAUCCAAGUUAGUCUUAGGAGGGCAUUUACAACAUAUCAUCAACGCUGACAUUAUUUACUGUCACCAAUAUGACCCUAUAUACGGACUAUUUGAUGAUGUAAAUGAUUGAAUCUUCCGAGAUACAAGACCGACUGUCCCAGCAGGAAAACAUAAUUAAUCAGUAAUUAAAAAAAAACAUCAAAGACUUCUAAACUGGAAAGUUCAACAUUUCACCAUUCGAUGUAAAUGCCACACAUCGGUCAUAGAAACCACUAAAACUUAAACAAGUAAAGUAAGUAAACCAGCAUCGUCAUGUCUCAUACUAUACUUGGACCCGAGAAACCAUCGCCAUUUUCCGUAAUAUCAGAAGGUUACCAACCACGGUACCAAUUUCCAAAUAUACCCGACUAUGAGAAAUACAGUUUGGGAGAGGCGUAUGAAUCAAAGAUGUGUGAGCUUGUUCACCAAUACUUGGAACUUGGAACAGAUGAUAGGCUGUGUUAUGUAGGACAAUCUCUCGGGAGUUUGGCUGAGCUUCUAGCCCUGAAAUUCUGUCUUUUGGAACCUGUCACAUCAGUCAUACCUGGACACAUCCAUUAUGAGGAGAGUCCAAGACACAAGAUGCAUCCUGUGAGAAUAGCACAUAUAGGCGCGGAGGAAUAUUUCAACGAUCUUGCAAAAAAGUCAUAUAGAGGCACCCCGCCGUUUGAUAAAGUAAUGUUGAAUGAUGGCGUGCAGUAUUUGGAAGACUCCCAAGAGACAUAUGCAAACAUUAUGAAAUGUGUAAGUGAGUUGGGUAAAAUGCUCAUCAUUGUGAGACCGGGAAGUCUGAACACACUUCCUCUGUUCCAUGAUGCCAAACAACGCAUUGCUGAAAAUGAUGCUCCGUAUAUGAAAAUAGUGCGUGAACUACAAGCUUGUGGACUUGAUGUCCAGUGGGAGAUUGAAAUUCUUCCUAUUAUCAUGCCCAAGGUAAAGUGGGUCACAAUGCUGAAAGAGAAAUUCCCGCCAUGUUUGGACAUUAUGAGCUCGUACGAGAUCUCGUCGGGGAUACGGGAGUUAACCGAAGGGGUACUAAAAUACGAAGGCGAAAUGGUGGAAUUUCAAGAUAGACUUCUUUUCAUAACUGCCACCCAUACAUUGGCUCAAGCUGAACUUCCGGUAGUGAAAAGAUUUGGAACAAUUACCACAGAGCCAGGUAUGGGAGAUCUAAGAUAUAAAAUGGAGGUGACCAAGGAUAUCAAGAAAUAUGUACCGACAAAAUAUUAUAGUUCAAAUAACCAAGGUGCAGUAAGAAAUCAAAUACUUUUCUAGAAAGCAAAUACUCUCACAAGUGGUGACAUUUUAAAACCAUAUAGAUCAAGGUAGUUGGUAGUUUUCCUGCUACUGCAUUGCGUACUGUAUAAACUUAUUUUACUAGCUACUAGCUCACUAAUCAUAUUUAGUUUAGUUACUCCCAUCAGCAAUUAUACUAUCCCGGACACCCACUUGAGAAUCAUGUCAUAUUUAGCUACUCUUUUUUCGAAAGUUACAAUCUAUGGACCAUUUAAAGCUUAAACAUUUUCUUUUUCAUAAUAGUAUUCCAUAGUUAUUUUAGAA